GUAACAUUAUCACACUUGGGUUAUCUGGUCGCUAAACUGUCAGUUCAGUCUCGACACUGGUGGGAGGCAGGUCGUUCUUUUUCGUUAGUGCUUCUUGCCAAGGACAGGUGGGAAAGCUACUGAACGCUGCCGUCACAACUAAACACCAUGGCCGAUUCUACAGAAAACGCUUCAAAAGUCCGCAGAAGGAAGCGAAGCCUUUGGAAUAAGCUCGUCCUGCUCAUGUGGAAAAACCUCCUGCUGAGGAAGAGGCACUGGAUCCUUACAGCCUUCGAAAUCCUCCUGCCGACGCUUCUGUUCACACUCCUUCUGACCAUCCGCGUCCUCCCAGAUUCGGCUUUCCUGCCAUCUUACGUGAACGAGACCACAGAGUUCUCAGUGGCCUCAGAAUGUCACCUCAAAGAAACGCUUUGCAUGAAGUACGGCUUUUGGUCACCAGAACUAGGACGCUGCUUCGUCCCAGAUAACAUUGACGAGGUAACGCUACCAACUCUGGAUCCUUCGGUUAUAGAAGGACUAGACGGCUUAAACCUGACCGAAGCUGACCUCUCUGACCCCGAGUUCAUUCUGUCGAUCCUGGAAAGCGUGAGCCAGACGGACCCUGUGAGUAUUGACAUGGGGAUCAUUCAGUCGGUCUUGGAGAAUCUGGAUAUCUGUAUUUUGGAGAGGUUGAACGCCACUGAAGACGUCGACCUCUCAGGCAUGGGAGCGGCCGAGAUUCUGGGUAUGUUGGGGUCUAUUUUAUCCAACAUUUCGCUGCCGGAACUUCCCGAAGGCACGAACUUCAGCUUUCCGGGAGAGAGGAAGAUCUUCUACGGUCCACCAGGAAAUUUCAGCGAGGGUGCGGCCAAGCAUUUAGCUGAUGUUCUUCGUCUCGGUCACCACGUCCUGACCCCCGUGACCAGCAACGAGGACUUAGACGCGCAGGUUGACAAGUCGUACUUUGCCACCAACGACUCCUUUGCAGCCUUCUACAUCGGCCUCUUCUUCAACGAUCUGGACGAUCCGGAUGUGCCACCUCAGCACCUGAACUAUGACCUGAGGUUAACGGGAUUGUGGUUCACUGAUCUGCUAUACCCAUUUCUGCAGAUCCCUGGUCCGAGGAACUUCACAAUUAUUACUGAAAGCUACGGUAUGGACGGAUUCACGCUAAUCCAGAGCUUGGUGGACAGGUACUUCAUCUCCCAGUUGACGGGCGAACCUCAAUACAGAAUGCAGUACAGGCUCCACACUCAGAUGUACCCAUACCCGCCCUUCACCCAAGACUAUGGAAUGAGUCAGUUUUACGGGUCCGCUUUGCCCACGUUCGUCGUCCUGUCUCUCGUUCUUCUGUCGCCGUCGCUGAUCAAGAGCGUUGUUUACGAGAAGGAAACGGGCGUCAGGGAACUGAUCCGUCUGAUGGGCCUAGAGAGAUGGCUCGUUUGGCUCGGGUGGUUCUUGCACUCGUUUAUCGUCAUCCUCGUCGUGUCAACUGUCAUAACGAUUCUGCUCAAGUUGCAACUCACGCCCAUGGAUGACUCGUCGGGUUUCCUGCCGCCCAUUAUCAUCCAUACCGAUCCCUUCUUCAUGUGGGUUCUCUUCGUCCUCUACGGCAUCUCCUCCAUCGCCUUCUGCUUCGCCGUGUCUACUUUCUUCAGCAGGCCCACGCUCGCCACCACCCUAGGCAUCCUGCUGUGGCUGACAUCCUACUUCCUGCCUCGUCAGCUGAUGGACUUCGAGUACAACACCCUUGGUCUGGCGCCGAAGAUCCUGUCCUGCUUCUUACCCAACAUGGCUAUCACUUGGGCCUUCAGGAUAAUUGCUAUGUUCGAAGGGAGAGCGUUGGGUGUGCAGUGGAACAACCUGUGGGACACCGGUAACCCUCGGGAUCAGCUGACUCCGGCUAUGAUCCUCAUCAUGCUGGCCGUCGACACGCUCUUGUACCUUUUCAUCACUUGGUACGUCGAUCACGUCAGCCCGGGCAAAUACGGGGUUCCUUUGCCGUGGUACUUCCCUUUCCAGAGGAGCUACUGGUGUGGUGCAUCUCCGACGAAGGAUAACGAUCGAAGCUUCGACUCUGAGUCACCCGAGGACGAGUACUUCGAGGAGGAACCGGAGGGUCUGAAGGCGGGAAUCACUAUAAAGAAAUUACGGAAGGAGUUCAAGACACUGGGAGGGAAGACGAAGGUGGCUGUCGAGGACGUGUCUCUAACGUGUUAUGAAGGCCAGUGCACGGUCUUGCUUGGACACAACGGCGCCGGCAAGACCACUACGAUGUCCGUCCUCACAGGUGUGUACGCCCCUUCGGCUGGCUACGCAGAAGUGGGCGGCUGGGACAUCGCGACGAACCUGAAGAAGGCGAGGGAGGAGAUCGGACUGUGCCCACAACACAACAUGCUGUUCAUUGACCUCACCGUUCUCCAGCAUCUCCUCUUCUUCGGCAGACUAAAAGGAAUGACAAAGAAGGACGCUCGCAAGGAAGCAGAGGAGCUCAUGCAGCGACUGGAACUGAAGGAGAAGAAGAACAUGUUUGGCAACCAGCUGUCCGGAGGGAUGAAGAGGAAGCUUUGCCUCGCCAUCGCUCUCAUUGGAGGGUCGAAGGUGGUGAUUCUCGACGAGCCGAGCAGCGGCCUCGACCCAGAAUCCCGUCGAUGGGUGUGGGAAGUGGUGCAGGGUGAACGUGGGCGCCGGACCGUGCUCGUCACCACACACCACAUGGAAGAGGCCGACGUGCUGGGCGACCGCAUAGCCAUCAUGGCGUCGGGAAGGGUCGUCUGCUCCGGAUCCACGCUCUUCCUCAAAAACAAAUUCGGCGAUGGAUACACACUGACGAUAAUGGUAUCAGAGGACAGUAACGUUAAAGACAUAAAGACAGAGGUCAUAAAACAUCUUCCUGAAGCGACCUUGAGGUCAUCCCAGGGCGGCGAAGUGACGUUUAAACUACCCCCGGUGACAGCCUCGUUCGCCCCUCUUCUCGACUCGCUCACGGAACAGAAAGAAAAACUGGGAAUCCGACAUCUAGGCCUGUCUCUCACCAGCAUGGAGCAGGUCUUUCUACGAGUCGGCGACUUUGUUGAGGGCGUUGACAAGGAGCCGGAACAAGGGUUGAACGGAACACUGUACGACAGAAUAAACAUUGACGACGACGCCAACAAUGGGUUACUCGAUAACCCUCAGGACGCUAGUAAAUACAGCAGUCAGCGUUUUCUUUUCAACAGUCAAGCAGAAGUGGACAUGAGACUGACAGGAUGGACGUUAUUGAAGCAGAGAAUAAGAGCGUUUUUCGCUAAAAGAAUAAUUUAUUCCAAGAGGAAAUGGGUGCUUCUUCUUACACAGGUAUUUCGUCAGGCGGAGUACGCAGACAACCUGACUGAUAGUCUUUUAGCUGAAGCCGAUAAGGAUCUUUUCCAGUACCGGGAGAAUAACAUUUGUUCGGCCGACUUCGAAGCCGGUAUCCUCGGACUAACAACGAACAUGAAAUCCUUGUAUCAGUCGGUGCCUUACCACGCCCCAGGAGUCAGUACCACGAUGGUCACUAACGCCCUCCUCCGCUUCGCUACCAACUCGUCCAACCACUCGAUUACCACAGUCAACCGCCCUCUGCCUCCAAACAGGACGAAAACGGUAACACAACUCGCCCUCACGCAGGUCCAAGUCAUGACAGGCGCUCCACUGUGGGCUCUUUGGACCACGACAUUCCUGUGGGACCUCCUGACGUACAUGGUGUCCGCUUUGGCAGUCUUUAUCUUCUUCAUGGUAAUGGAUUCGAAGGAUUAUUUCACCGUCGCUCAAGCACCUGGUGCAUUGUUCUUGCUGUUAGUGCUGUAUGGCUGGGGUAGCAUCCCGAUGGCUUACGUCUUCAGCUUCCCCUUCCAAACGGCAGCCUCCGGUUUUGCUGUUCUGGCUCUCAUCAACAUCGUUGCAGGUCAGAUCAUCACCACUGCUGUGUGGGCGUUGGAUCUCUCAGACCAGCCCGACCUUAUCAUUGUUAGUGAUGUUCUUCACUGGAUUACUUCCCUUAUUCCUGCAUACCCGGCGUCCAUGGCCUUCAUGCAUCUGGUUGACACAAGUACAUACAACACCCAGUGCGACCAGUUCAACGAGACGGUUAAGGAGGAACUGUGUAACACGCUAACUCAGAUGCUGCCCAACAACAGCUAUAUGAUAUGCUGUCGUAAGUUGUUUGUGAUGGUAUCAGUGUUUAUAUACGGGAAGAAAUCUUUGUGA